AUGCAAACACACUGUUAUUACCCAAAAGAUCUCCUAAAUGAGUAUUUGUUCAAUACACCUUGUCUUAUAAUUGGUCUACAAUUGAAUCCUGAGGCCCAAGAUUACAUCAUCGUGACGUUGAUUCCUUUCAAUCCUGCAAAAUUGGACCUGCUAUUCCACGAAAAAAUCUUACAAGUGAAAAAUGGGAGAAUUGUAUUUGGGUGGAAUGGCCAUGGCGCUAACAAUAGCAGCGAUCAAUUACAUAUAACUGAGCGAGAUAAAGUUACUAAUGAGAAAAGUUUUAAUCGUCGGAAAAGAGGUAGAAGAAAAGCAGCUGGAAGAUCAAGAAAUCAUAGAAAUUAUCAACACGAGAGCGAUCAAGGAGAACUAGAAAAUAAAAGCUCGGACUCAAUUGGAAAUUAUGACUAUCGCAAUGAUUUGAAAUAUUUUGUAUUAGGAUUUUUAAAUCACCAGACUUCUAACCGGGAAUGUUUUGGGUUGCCUUUAAAUUUCGUUUACAAUAACAUGACGCAAUACCCUAUUUCCACCAACAUUCAAUUAGAUUUAAAAGUGAUUCUUUUCGAUGUCCCUGACCCAAGAGUUAUGCAGUUUUAUUCUAUCAAGCCUAUUGAUUUAGGAUUAGAAAACGUGCCUGGUGAUGAUGUUAACCAUGAUAAACGAUUGGAUUUUGCUUGGAAGAUCAAGUAUCAUGGAAACAUUGGGAAUAUGAGCCCUCAAGAGAAGAGUUUUGAACAAAUUAUCCGAGUAUUAAAUGAAUGUUAUUUUCACCGUCUUUUCUUUUAUAAUGAAACGGGAAAUGAGAGUGUUUACGAUAACGCCCAAAUGACAAAUAGUGGCUUGAAAAUUAUCAAGCCUUGGGAACAAAAUUUCAGCAUUGCUAGAAACUUGCAAAAUCUUCGGAUUUUCUUAGUAAAUCAUCUAUACAUUUUACCAACCUAUGGGAACCAUACAAAGAAACGAAAGAAAAAACUGAGACAGAGAAGUAAAUCGAUUUCCAAGUAUUCUGAGGGCAACAAUGCGUCCCCGUACAGUUAUUACGAAGAAUCAUCCGAUAAUGGUGAUGAUUCGUUUAUUGAGCGAAACUUCAAAAUGUUGGUGAUUCAUCUGGUGGUGUGGAUACGAAUGAUCAUUCAGAUUUUCUUUUGGAUUUUGAAUAUCAAGCCAUUUGGAAAGAAAACUAUUAAGGAAUCGAGUCUCAUGGCACAGCAAAUUGACUUGAGACUACAACAGAUAUGUUCUAUUCCCAGCCAAUUUAUCAAAAUUAAGCAACAACAUAAUUUCACUGACUAUAUUCGGUUGUACAAUACCAUUUGGUUAAUUUUGAAUGAUGUGAUUUUCGGCUUUACUGUCGGACAAUAUGUCUAUGAACGAUCUUUAGUCAUUCAAGAAUUUUUAGUACAGGUGAUUCUUCGGAAAUUUUUAUUUGAAGAAUUUUAUAAAUUGACCUUUUGGUUAAUGAAUUUCCCUGCAGGGUUUAAAUUGAAUUCGAAAUUAGCGGUAUUUUUUGGAGAAUUAUUUUUAUGGAUCAUUGAUUUUUUUUAUGGGAAAAUUGUUCUUAGUGAUUUCUUUACCAAUUAUUUGAUAACCGGUUGCAUUUUUUUAAUCAGUUAUGGCGGGGGAGUGUUUGGAGCGACAUUUAUUCUAUCGAUUGCUUGUGAUUUCUUCAAUUUUGUCACUUUACACAUUUACUGUUUUUAUUUUGCUUCAGCAAAGAUUUUUAAUUGGUUAUUAGUGAUUUUGAAGAGUUUAUUCAAUUUAUUUUAUGGGAAAAAGAAUAAUGUUUUGAAGAAAAGAAUUGAUUCCGCGGAUUACUCUUUGGAUCAAUUAUUAUUAGGAACUUUGCUAUUCACCAUCACUUUGUUUAUUGUUCCAACGGUUUUGGCUUUCUAUUUAAGUUUUACUAUUGUUAGGUUGAUUGUAUUGAUAUUCGUCAUUUGCUUGGAAGUUAUAUUGUCUUGUUUAAAUCACUUCCCUAUCUUUGCAGUGUUGUUGAGAAUCAAAGACCAAUUUAGAGUUCCUGGAGGAAUUAAUUUCAAAUUAUUGAACUUUAUUAAUGACGAAAGCCUAGAUUAUGUGGAUAGUGGUGAUUUGAAUGGUAAAAUUCUGAGCUAUUAUAGCUCUGAAGAAGAAAAGUCUGAUGAUGAUGAUGAUGAUGAUGACGGUGACUACGAAUAUGAUGAGGAGGAGGAAGAGGAGGAAGGGGAUUAUGAGUACGAUGAGGAGGAAGUUGGCUAUAAUGAUAGUUUUAAUGAUGAUGUUAAUGAUGACGACGAUAAUGAUAAUGAUAAUGAUAAUGACGAUAAUGAUGCUUAUGAAGAUGAUGAUGAUUAUAAUUAUAAUGCUGAGGAGGAUGAGAAAGUUAGAUUGGGCAUGCGAGGCGAAACACCACAUAUGGAUGGCACUUUCAAUGAUAAAGGGAACAUAAUCUAUUUGGAACUUCAAAGCGAACCUUUGUCAUUCAAAAAUAUUUUCCACCCCUAUAUUUCAUUAUGGGAUAAGUUGAAAUUAUAUUAUUUCAGCUCUUCGACCCUUAAGAGCUUAUUGAUGGGGAUUCCUAUCACUGUUUCUAGGAACAAGCUUUACCACCUGUUGUAUCUAAUGCUACCAAUGAAACCCAUUGAGGCUUCUACUUUGUUCGGAGAACUAAAAAAGAACUACAUUUCCUGA